CUCAGAGCAGCUCUUGCACCGCACAGGUUGCCUGCCUGCAAGUAUCACGGUGUGCAAGACACGCUAGAGUAGUGUCCGUAGCUGUCCGCGACGAAUAACAACACGCGAAGACGCUGUCGCCGCGCACUCAACAGAGAGCGCAUCAGCCAGCUCAGGCUGCAUUUCAAAACGACGACGUCGCUGCGCCGAAUCCUCUCGUUAGCGACAUCCGUCCGCGCCAUGACGACCGCAGUGUGGUUCCGCAAGAACCUGAGAGUGCACGACAACGCCGCACUGACACAAGCGUGCGACGCCGAAAGUGUCUUACCGCUCUACUGCCUCGACCCGGCCUGGGCGACACCCAGUAUUGUGGGACCGAACCGCUGCCGCUUCUUGUUGGAGAGCCUCGAGGAUCUGGACGCGACGCUUAGGACCAGGUACGGCUCUAAGUUGCACGUCGUCGUCGGAGACCCGUCGGAAACGAUAACAAAGCUGAUACGGGACGGCACGAUCACGAAAGUCGUCUUCGAGGAAGAAAUAGCCGAGCCGCGCGAGCUAGAAUUGGAGAAGCGCGUCGUGGAAGCACAUCCAGAUGAAGCGCAAGCCGUCCCCUCGACUCACCUGCUCUACGACGCCGACGCCGCGCUAGCCAAGGGCGCGCCGCCGACGAAGAUGCCGGGCAUGGUCACGCUCGCUGGCAAGCUCGGCGCGCCCGCGAAGCCAUUAAUGGCUCCGUCUACGUUGCCUCCUCGGCCCGACGUUACGAGUCCACCAUUGCCGUCCCUCGAAUCGUUGGGCUACUCACCAAUAACAACGAAAGCGGCCUACGGCGUGCAAGGCGGCGAGUCGACGGGCUUACAACGAUUACAAGAACAAAUGAAGAGAGAAAAUGGCAAGUGGGCGCGCGCCUUUGAAAAACCGAAGACAACCUCCGCGUCCUUCGAGGGCGAGCCCCCCACCACACUACUAAGCCCGUACGUCGCCUUCGGCUGCGUUUCGGUAAGGACCUUCCACCAAGCGCUCAAGGAGACGUACGCCAAGGGCCCGCACGCGCAGCCGCCUACCUCACUACUAGGCCAGCUCUACUUCCGCGAGAUGUCCUAUUUACUAGGACGCAAACAUGGUGCCCCAUUCGCCGAGCAGCCGUCGGUCGUGUGCAAGGACAUCGACUGGGAUACUGAUGAAAGUGCAGAAAAACGUUUUCAGGCCUGGGAGCGAGGCAAGACGGGCUAUCCUCUUAUUGAUGCGGCCAUGAGGCAAUUACGAGAGCAGGGGUGGUUGCACCACCUCGCGAGGCACGCGGUCUCGUGUUUCCUGACGAGAGGCGACUUCUACUGCCACUGGACCCGAGGGAGGGACGUCUUCGAUAGGGACCUACUGGACGCGGACUGGGCCAUCAACAACUUCAACUGGCUCGGUCUUGCUGGUGUGGCGCCCUGGUCGCCGCCGUUCUUCCGCGUCUACAACCCGUUCAACGUGGGCUCGUCUUCCUUAAACGUGCGCGACGCCGAAGGCAAGUACGUGGACCGCUUCGUGCCCGAGCUCUCAAAGCUGCCUCCGCGACACAAGUACGCGCCCUGGCUCGCGCCGAAGAGCGACUUGUCCAAGGCCGGGGUCAAAUUGGGCGAGACCUACCCGCGGCCCAUCGUCGACCACAAGGCCCAGAGCAAGGCCAACAUCGAGCGCUUCAAGCAGGCGCAGCGCGCCGCGAAGGAGGCUUCUACGUCGAAGAAGCGCAAGGGGCCGCCGGUCCCGGCGAAGGCCAAGAAGAGCAAGUAGAGCGUCGUUGUAUGACCCGUGUAAAGUCCUUGAUUGUAUGA